GUUUCAGGGAGGUGGUUUGCUGGUUCGCCUGCUGCUCGGAGCUGAAAUCUGCCUGAACGCGGCUGUACUGGACAGUACUGGAGUAGACUGUUCGGAACUGGACUGGGCUGAACUGGGCUGUAGUGUCGCUCCUCUUUACGGGGCUCGGUGCGCUACGGAUGCUGCGGAUUGCGUCGCUAAUGGCAACCGGGGCUGGAUAGCGCGCGCGAGCCGCUAUUGUGUGCAGCAGAGAUGCGCUAAAGCGAGGAGCGGGUUUAGGAUUCAGCAUCGGUUCGGGUUUUGUUGAGGAUUUGUGGAUUUGCUGAUGAUGGAUGUAGGAUUGGGGCUUCGCUUGCUGUGCGUGUACGGAGCGCUGUGUGUUUGCGCGCUCAGUUUCACCAGUGCAUCUCCUCUCAGCGGUAACGACUCCUUGAGAGCCAUGCGGGGAGACAGCAGGUUUCUUGGUAGGGAGAACACAGUACCAGUCCGCUUAAUUUACAGCACUGAUAACGGAGAGACUGCGCAUAAUGUCAUCAGCACGCGGGUCCGUUCGAACACAGACCCCGAACAGAUUAAUCAUUUGGCCCAGGCCAGUUUCCAGGUGAAAGCAUUUGAUCAGACAUUCAUCCUGGAUGUGGAACUGAAUCACAAUCUGUUGUCUUCAAAGUAUGUGGAGAGGCAUAUAUCAGAAGAUGGGAAAUCAUUCAUCUCCAGGGGUGGGGAGCACUGUUACUAUCAUGGAAAGGUGCGAGACAUUCCUGAAUCGUUUGUGGCGCUGUCCACUUGCCAUGGGAUGCAUGGGAUGUUUUUUGAUGGGAAUCACACAUACCUGAUUGAACCAGAUGAAGAGGACAAGGACAAAGAGCAGGACCAAAUGCACAUGAUUUAUAAAUCUCCAGGCUUCCAGCCUCCAGAUGGUUACAUCCCACCACUGAAUCUUGCAGAAUCACCAUUCCAGAGCCCUCCAGUCUUUACUGGAACAGAACACAGGAGAAAAAAGAGACAUGUGUCACAAAGUUUACACACUGUCGAGGAAGAGACCAAAUAUAUUGAGCUGAUGGUUAUUAAUGACCACCUGAUGUAUAAGAAGCAUCGGCUUUCAGUCGGCCAGACAAACAACUACGCCAAGUCGGUUGUAAACAUGGCUGAUUCUAUCUUUAAGGAACAACUAAACACCCGGAUUGUUCUGGUUGGUAUGGAAACAUGGGCAGCAGACAACAGGUUCAACAUAAACGAUGAUCCAAUGAUCACGCUGCGAGAGUUCAUGAAGUACAGACGCGACUUUAUUAAGGAGAAGAGCGAUUUAGUCCAUCUGUUCUCCGGCAACCGUUUCCAUAGCAACUGGGGCGGAGCCUCAUAUAUAGGAGGGGUGUGUUCACUGACUAAAGGGGGCGGGGUAAAUGAGUAUGGCAAAACCGACGAGAUGGUCGUCACCCUGGCACAGUCACUGGGGCAAAACAUUGGCAUUUUCUCUGACAAGAAAAGGAUUCUCAACAGGGAAUGCAAAUGUGAUGAUAAAUGGUUUGGCUGUAUAAUGGAAGAUGUUGGCUUCUACCUACCCAAAAAAUUUGCAGACUGUAACAUUGAGGAGUACCAUAACUUCUUGAACAGCGGUGGUGGAGCGUGUCUCUUUAACAAACCCUCUAAGCUGUUGGACCCUCCAGAGUGUGGGAACGGUUUUGUAGAGCCGGGAGAAGAAUGUGACUGUGGAAGCCCAGCAGAGUGUGCUAAAGAAGGAGAGAACUGCUGUAUGAGGUGCACUCUGACUCAAGGUUCCAAAUGCAGCAAUGGGCAAUGUUGCAGUAACUGUCAGAUGGAAUCUGUGGGUGUGAUCUGUAGAGAGGCAGUGAAUGACUGUGAUAUACCUGAGAACUGCACUGGAAACUCCAGCCAGUGUCCUCCAAAUGUCCACAAGAUGGACGGCUACACUUGUGAAAAAGAUCAGGGACGAUGCUUUAAUGGGCGAUGUAAAACAAAGGACAGGCAGUGCAAGUACCUGUGGGGGGAGAAGGCAACAUCUGCUGAUAAGUUUUGUUACGAGAAGCUAAACAUUGAGGGUACAGAGAAAGGAAACUGUGGAAAAGACAAGGAUACAUGGAUUCAGUGUAAAAAGCAGGAUGUGCAUUGUGGAUACCUGCUGUGCUCAAAUAUUUCACCUGCACCAAGACUGGGAGAGCUGCACGGAGGACUGACCUCGUUCUCUGUGGCCCAACAUAGUGCAUCGCUAGACUGCAGUGGAGGUCAUGUGAUGAUUGAUGGAGAUACUGAUCUUGGAUAUGUAGAGGACGGUACUGCAUGUGGUACAGAUCGAAUCUGUUUUAACCACAAAUGUCUGCCAGUUCAAGAUUUCAACUUUAGCACCUGUCCUGGUACCAAUGACAAGGUCAUAUGCUCUGCACACGGGGUGUGCAGUAAUGAACUGAAGUGUGUGUGCCACCUGGGCUGGACAGGUGAUGACUGUAACUCCACAUCUCCCUUCAUCUACCUGGUAAAGGGACCCACAACUAUAUCGUCAGGCAUCAUCAGUACCAACAUCAUCAUUGGUGCCAUUGCAGGAUCAAUACUUGUAUUGGCCCUUAUACUGGCGAUCGCUGCCUGGGGCUACAAGAACUACAGACAGCGGCAGGAUGCUGAAUCUGAGGUGCAUCGGCGAUUCUGUCGGCAAAUGCCACCGGGCGAUUACGUAAAGAAGCCGGGCGAUGCCGACUCUUUCUACAGUGACGUUCCGCAGGGCGUAAGCUCCAACUCAGGCAGCAGCUCCAAGAAGAGGUCCAAUGGAUUAUCCCAUUCUUGGAGUGAGAGAAUCCCAGACGCCAAGCACAUUUCCGAUAUUUGUGAAAACGGACGACCCAGGAGUAACUCGUGGCAAGGAAAUAUAAGUGGCAGUCGGAAGAAGCUGAAAGGAAAGAAGUUCCGUCCUCGUUCCAACUCGACAGAAACGCUAUCUCCUGCCAAGUCUCCUACUUCGUCUACAGGCUCGAUUGCCUCAAGCAAAAGGUACCCUUACCCGAUGCCUCCACUCCCAGAUGAGGAAAGGAAGGCCAACAGACAAAGUGCCAGGCUGUGGGAGACGUCAAUAUAAAGAAUCUCACAAUCCCAGCAGACGUCCGUAAGGAUAACACAUUCCUCCACUUUUAUACUAAUAAAACAAGUUAAAACUGCAGAAUUAAGGUCCUCCAGCAUUAGCAGGUCGACUGGAGGAUGCCGGGAAAAAGAGUGAGCACUUUUGAAGAGAACAGCCAUCAUCCCUCAUCACUGUUGGACAUGCUUGGGUUGAAGGAGAAAGUCCUGCACUGGUGCAGUCAGAGACCCGUUCAAAAGAAGC